AUGGUUGUCAAGUCGGUGGCGUCCUGGGACGAGAAGCGCGCGGUGUGCGGCAACUGCAAGCACAUUUUCCUCAAAGCCCAGAGCCGCAUCGCGGGCUACUGCUCUGUCGACUGCCACGCCAAUGCCACGUACCUCGACACGGUGCAGCAGCGCAUUCGAGCCAUGCGACUUGCCGCCUACGAGCCAACACCCGCCGAGCCGGUGGUGGCAGCGGCCCCGGUCACGAUGGACGGCUUGAACAGCACGUUUGCUGAAUUUCACACGGCAAAGCUGUCGCCUGGGCACGCCGUCGAGUGGUCGUUUAGCGCUAUCGAAUACGAGUCGGUGCAUACGCUCGAUGAACUGCCGGUUGCCGAGGCACCGACGCAGGUGCUCACGUGCCACCUGGCCCCACGCCCCACGUCGAGCCCGCGCACCGAGGCGUCGUCACCGAUGUCGUACGAUGUCUUGCUCCACAAGGACGAGCACGGGCUCGGCUUGUGCCUCGCGGUCGACGACGCCCAUCGACUCGUCGUCGCGUCGUUUCGGCGACUGCACGCCAACGAUGUCGGGCCCGCCGAGGCGUGCAACCAGAUCCACCAAGGCGAUUUCCUCUGCGAAAUCAACGGCGACGAAGUGUUUACGCUGCCCCACGUCCACCGGCUAUUGGUCGCGCUGCGGUCCGAGGCCUUUGUGCUCUUGCGCUUCCGGCGCGGCUCGCCCAUGACGCCGCUCCUCGUUGACGCCAACAGUGCGGCUGAAACGACGUCCCCGCGGGCCGUGCCGACGCAACGCGAGCGCCAGCUCUCCCACCUUGUGCACGAUCUCGCGCUUAAGAACCAGCUCCUCCAUAGCCAGCUCGCGGAACUCCACGGAAAACUCUUGCAAAAGAGCCGGGAGCUUGAAAGCACCGAGCAGCAGCUCCAGGAAGCGAAGGUUGAAGCAACGCGAAGCAGCCGUCUCUGGCCGGCCAAAGGCAGCGGGCAGAGCGCCAAGCUCGAGUUGGACACGCUUUUAAUCGAGUGCAAAUCCCAGCUCAAGCGAGAGUGCGAAGAACAAAUGCAGCAUGAGCGCGCUCAGCUGCGCGCGACCCAUCGGCGCGAGCUGGAGCGUCACGAAGCCGCGAGCACGAAGAAGCUCCGGAUGCUCGAAGAGGCCCUUGGAUUUUUGAUCGACCAGGUGGACGCGCGCCCCCUGGACGAAAUGCCGCCGGUUUCGGACGAGGCGGUCAAGCUCCAAGACAUUCGCGGGAUCCUUGCAAGCUACGCGGCACGACGACAACAGAUCGACCGCCUCGUGCAGGAGACAGCACCUUCCGUCACGAGUGCAUAAUAAUUUGAUCGAUCAACAUGACAACGAUUCAGUGGAC